UCAAGUAAGGUCGAGUUAGUGAUAAUAUUGAAAUUUCGUCAGGUUAUCAGUGGGUGUUUCCCUAAUAGUCAUUCUCUAGUUGCUAAAAAAUAAUUUGCAAUAGAAACAAACCGAUUUCUGUGGAAUUUUUAAAUUGUGUCUCCCCUUAAAUAAAUACUUACUUGUCCUGUAAGUAUUCCUAAAACUAUUAACGACUUAAGUAGUUCCCUGGACAGAAAGAUUUACCUUAUAAAACUAUAUUAAACAUUAUUAAAUCCAAAGCCUUAUCAGCUAUGGGAGUCCCUCAACUAUUUAAAAAUGUAGUAACUGAAAUGUUUGUUUUUGAUAUGAAUCAUUAAACACAGGUAAUCGCUACCUCAAUUUUUGCGCCAAGAUAAGAACCGAAUAGUUUGGUAUAAAAGUCAGCAUUUGUCCACCAAAAAUAUCAGUGUUCGGUGUGAAUUUACCCCGAGAAGUUUCAAGCGUUCAAUUCGCAAUGCUGCUAACAAUCGCCCUGCUGGGCGUGGUUCUGGCCUUAGUCUAUACUUUCUACUACAACAUCUACACCUAUUGGGCACGGAAGGGUGUGCCGUACGAACCUCCACUUCCGGUGAUCGGAAACAUGAAGGGAAUCGGUUCCAAGUUCCAUUUCCGGGACAUCAACCAGAGAAUCUACGAUCAGUUCAAGGGAAAGGCUCCAUUUGCUGGAAUGUUCAUGUUCUUGAAACGCGUUGCCAUGAUCAUCGACCUGGAUCUCAUCAAGCAAGUGCUGAUCAAGGACUUCAACUACUUCCAGGAUCGGGGUGCUUUCAAUAACCCACGAGACGAUCCCUUGACGGGACAUCUCUUCGCCCUGGAAGGUGAGGAGUGGAAAUCAAUGCGGCAUAAGUUGUCGCCAGUGUUUACCUCAGGCAAGAUCAAGCACAUGUCCGGUGUGAUCGUGGAGGUUAGCCACCACCUGGUCGAUACCAUGGAUAAGACGGUGAAAGCUGCCUCAGUGGACGAUGGGGAUGUGGAGAUCAAGGAACUGUGUGCUCGCUUCACAACGGAUGUGAUUGGAUCCUGCGCCUUUGGCCUAGAGUGCAACAGUCUCAAGGAUCCGAAUGCCGAAUUCCGCGCAAUGGGACGUGCCAUCUUUGAAAGACGUCGUCAUCCUCAAUUAAUUCAAGUUUUUCUUUUCACCAAUGCCAAGUUGGCCAGAACUCUGCGGAUGAAGGUGAUGCCCGAUGAUCUCACAGAGUUCUUCAUGUCCACUGUGAGAAAUACCGUCGAUUACAGGCAGAAGAAUAACAUAAAGCGAAACGAUUUCAUCGACCAAUUGAUCCAACUGAAGGCCGAGAACGAGGAGGCGGCUAAGAAGGGCAAGGGAAUCGACCUUUCACAUGGAUUGACCUUGGAGCAAAUGGCUGCCCAGGCCUUUGUGUUCUUUGUAGCUGGAUUCGAGACCUCCUCGAGUACGAUGUCCUUCUGUCUGUAUGAGCUAGCCCUGCAGCAGGAUAUCCAAGAUCGAGUUAGGGAAGAAAUUAAAAGCGUUCUCAGCAAGACCGAGGGAGGAAAGAUCACUUAUGACUCCGUAGCCGAAAUGACAUAUCUGGAACAGGUUUUGGCUGAAACCCUUCGCAAGCACCCCAUUGUUCCUCAUCUUAUAAGGGAGACCGACAGGAACUACAAGGUUCCCAACAUGGAUGUGGUCAUUGAGACGGGCACUCAACUGCUGAUUCCCGUUCACAAUAUUCACCAUGAUCCUGAGAUAUAUCCAGAGCCAGAGAAGUUCGAUCCGAGUCGUUUUGAGCCUGAGGAAGCGAAGGCCCGCCACCCGAUGGCCUAUCUGCCCUUCGGGGAUGGUCCUCGUAACUGUAUUGGCUUGAGGUUUGGAAAGAUCCAAUCGAAGAUUGGUCUGGCCGCUCUGCUUCAUAACUUCAAGUUUAGUGUUUCAAAGCGGACUGAAGUUCCCCUGAUUUUGAGUAACAAAUCUUUUACCCUUUCCACCCAAAAUGGCAUUCACUUGAAAGUGGAAAGAGUUUAAGGUUUUGUAUGAUGUGUUAAAUAUUUAAUUUAUAAAUUAAUUAAAAAGUGUUGUGAAACUUA